ACGCUGCACGAAAGAACCGUGGACACUCCUUACCAGCAGGUGGCUGUAUGACUCCACGCCAGCCGCCGUUACACACAAGUAGAAGAAGGUGAUAGUUGCGGGAAACUGAAGCUAAUGUUUGCUAUGUUGAGCUAAUGACAGCAAAAAAGAUCAAGUUUUUUGAGAACACCAUGAAACCACCAAUGGCCACCGAUGUUAAAAAGGGGAUUGCAGUUCUGUGGGAGACUCUGCAGUGCCCUAUAUGUUUGGAUUUAAUGACUGUACCAGUGUCGACUAAAUGUGACCACCAGUUUUGCAAGUUUUGUAUGAUGAAAAUUUUGGAGAACAACAAACCCAACAAGGCCAACUGUCCAGUUUGUAAAACCAAGAUAACGAAAAGGAGUUUACAGGAGAGCCCUGGAUUUCAGAGACUUGUAGUCGGAUUGCAAGACAUGAUCUUGGCAUAUGAACAAGACACAGGCACAAACUACUUCACUGGGAUGUAUCAACAAAGAAAACGCAAAAUUAUCACAGAUGCUGAGGGUACAAAACGUCCUCAUAUGUCAACUGGCGAUACACCUAUUUCUGAUUGUGACAACAAGGACAGUAAUGAUCCUCCAAAGUCCCAAUCAUCAACCAUUGCUGCAAAACAUGGAUUUGCAAGACUCAUGGGGCUCGACGACUCGAAUCAACUGACUGUGGAAAAUGAAGGAGUUGAUAGUGGCCUUGGGGAGCCACCUCCAACUUCAGAAAAGAAAGUGCAGAGCCCAAUAAAUAUUUUAGAUCUCACAGAUAUGUCAGACGUUGUGGAAGGAGCAACAUCAAAACACAAUACUAGGUCAAAAAUUGGAGUUGUCCAGUGUGAGAAUGCCUGUGACACAAAUGUGGAAUGUCAAAUUUUAACAAAGUCCUCAAGGAAGAAGAAAAAAAGGGAUUUGAUAUCUGACCAGAUUACUGUCCAGAAACAGAAGAAAAGUUUAGAGAAAGUUGCCGAGUGGCUCAUGAAAGUUCCAGUUGAGUCAGAUCUGGAGUUGGAGAAAAUCACUGAGGAUAACUUUGGCUCAAAUGAUGCUGACAGCUGUUCUUCCUCUUCAACAGUAGUUAUGAAGAAUAUUAGUGAUGUCCUUCCAAAGAGAGAGGAACGUGCUAAAGCCCUUGAAAACCAGGUUUUUGGGGCCGUCUAUAAACGAGAGCGAAAAGGCAACCAGGCAGGCUCUCCGCCACAAAAGGUUUUUGUCGAAUCACCAACCCAUUCCGUAAUUAACAAGAAACCGAUUUCAAAAAGGUCUUCAAGAAGGAGGAAGAACAGCAACAAGCACACCCCUGCUGAUUUUCCCAAGAACUCAAACACUGAAGAAGAAAAUCAAGGUCGCAUGGAAGAAGAGCAGGAUUGUAUAGAACAAGUAAAUGACAUCACCAAGGACCUCUUGGAAGUAGCAGAACUGGUGGUUGAGGAGGCUGAUGACAUCAUGGAUAUCAAAGACAAAUGUGUAGAAGAGGUGAAUCCGUUGCUGCAGAGUGAUGAUAACAAAGCUGAAGUUUACUGUCCAGUGUUUGAUGUUGGACCACAUCAUCCAGAAAUAAAGUCUGACAAAAGUGCCCAGAACAUAUUGCAGCAGGUUGACAGUGAUUUGCAAGAGCAACUGAAGUUUAAUUUGGAAAGCAAUGAAAUAAAGAAAUCUGACAAAAAGAAAACCACAAGUACUUGGCCAGACAAAACCAAGUCUGCCAGAGUGCCAAAGCCUCUUGUUAUAGUUGCUGUUCAGAGUGGAGAAUGCAGUCCAGUGGGUGCGCCAAAGCCUAAAUCUACACCCGAAGAAGUGCAAGUCCACAUUGAGAAUUACCCUAGUAGCGAGGACAGAGAAACCCCUCUCAGGAGGAGCGCAAGGAGAAGUAGAAGACUUCAGCUGUUCACUCAGGAGGUUCAAGAAGGUCAUAAAAGGACAUGUGCUUCAACAAAAUUGAAAAGCAGUAUGCCCGAUAAAGACAGCAGUGUAGCACAAGAGUUUGAGCAAGUUAAAGACUGUAUGUUAAAUAAUGUUUCAUUUAAAAAUGGGCAAACGCUCAAGCUGGCUAAAAGAAAUGGAUGUAUUUGUCAUGAAUCUAUAGGAGGAAUCGAUCAAAUUGAGUCUGACAGAACAACAGAAGCACCUACAACUGUAGAAGAGGAGCCCAUUGCUGAAGUUCCAAAUCCACAAACACUUUUGGAAGGUAGUGCUGCAUGUUAUGUGCCCAUCGUCCCGAGUUCUACAAGUCCAGCCCAAGCAGCUACAGCCGAGGAAGUGCCUGGAACUGUCUCUUCUGAUCCUUUUCAAAAUAAUAAAUUUGAGAAUGAGCUGGAAUCCUCAUUGUGUGCAACUAAAUGUGCCAGAACAGAAAAUGAGGAGGACAAGAAUGACAGUGAGACAGACAUCGAACAACUGCUGAAGAGUUUCAAAGCCACUAAAAGGAAGUCUUUCCAUCUUUUUGGGUCAAAUGUGAAAAGUGGCUGUAAUUUAGAUAGUGAAGAUGGUCACUGUACUGAAACAGAGGAGAACCAUGAUGCUGGUAGUGGACCUGAAUCUACAGAAAAUCAGAUGCUUACAAAUGCAAAUAAGUCUGAGAUUAUUUGCCAAGAUGUUUUGAAAAUCAAUGACAGCUCAUCUUGUAGUGAUUUGAUCCCACCUUCUAACUCACCUUUCAGUUAUCACAUGUUAAAACAAAAUCUGGAAAUGACAUCAAAAAGAAAAGCAAUUGACAAAGUAGGUCAAGUGGUAAUAGAAGGCUCAAUGCCCACUGCCAGUUGUGCAGUACAGGAUAGUUCUGCUCAUGUUAAUAAUAGUGGUAAUAGUACCCUCAGCCCAAAUAAAGUGUCAGAAUUUGAAAUGGAGAGUCCUCAACUUUCUGUUGUGCCUCAAGUAGUUGAUUCUGGGAUUCGCUUCACAGCUAUAGAUUUGGCCAAAGAUGUGGAAUGUGAGGAGAAACUACAGAAGAUACCUUUAAAGUGUUCCGAUGUCACAGAGAGUCAACGGGAUUGUCCCAAAAAUGAUUCAGACAAACUACAGGAAGGACAGAUACAGGACAAUGGGUCAGGUAACACGGGUGAACAUAUGUCAAAUGCAGAAUCCUCUUUAACACCAGAUCUCCAAAUAAUUCAAGAUGCAAAGACAAACAGUUGUGCAAGUGUGGAGCUGUUUGCCAAGUCGAUUAUCAAGCACAACCCAAGGAAGAGAAAGGCUCAGAAGUUGGCAUCUUCAUCUGAAUCUGACAGCAGUGGAGUUAAGGAGAAAUUUCCAACUUUAACUCAAAUUUUUGGAAUUGCAACUUGUCGUCCUGCAAGUGAGGAUCGCUGUGUUCAGGAUCCUGGAGGCACCAGUGAGGCUAAUACAUGUGAGGAUGGUGUUGCACCAGAACAGUUGACCCAUCCACUUGCAUGUCCCAGCCCUGAGUGUGCUGAUGCUGAUUCCAGCCAAGCAUCUGUAGACCUGUUCGGCACACCAGAGGAAUGUGAUGCCCAAGUAAAUGAAACUGGUGUUUCCAUGGAGUCAUCACAGUUCUCAAGUGAGGUUCUUGUUACACAGCAAAAGAUAGAAAUGCAGAAGGAGCUGGUAAGGCUGGAGAAGUUGAUGGCUCUGGUGUCGGAAGUGCUUCAAGAGAAAGAGGGCAUGCCUUCAAAAAAUGCACCUUUGGAAAUUUGUGAAAGCAGCAAAACCACAGCCACUGAUGCCAUCAUGCCUCCUCCUUGUGACCAGGGCACAGACCUGAGGUCAGUCAGAAACUCUGUUCAUGGUGUAAGUCGAGAUCCCAGCACGGAUGAUGAUGAAAAGGUCGUCCAGCAUGGUGGCAUUGAAGCGAAGGAGGAUGGGAAACUUUCUUUACACACUGACUUGGAUGUAAGAGACACUGAAGUCUCCAAGACAGUCAGUUCAACUGCCAAGGCCAAAACCCUGACUGGUUUCGAGUCGUUAUCAGAUGAGCAAGAAGACAAGGAAAAUAAAGUGAAACUUCCCAACACAUCCUUGGUACAGUGUCCUCCGAGAGACAGGACUAACGCCAAUAUGGUGUUUGUUUCAUCUGGAUUAGGACCAAGAGAACAGAUGAUGGUGAAAAGGUUUGCCAAAAGAGUUCGAGCCUCUGUGGUUUCCCAGGUGACAGAAGAGGUGACUCACAUCAUAAUGCACACAGAUGAACAGCUGGUAUGCGAGCGCACGCUGAAGUACUUCCUUGGCAUAGCAGGCAGAAAGUGGGUGGUGAGCUUCCACUGGAUUUCCGAGUGCUUCAAACAAAGACAACUCUUAGAUGAGAGUCUGUUUGAGGUGCGAGGUGAUGUAGUGAACGGGCCCCUUCAUCAGGGCCCCAUGAGGGCUCGCACCACUGAUGACAACAAUCUACUCAUGAAGGACUACAAGAUCCACUUCCAUGGAACUUUUACAGACAUGACUUCAGAUGACAUGGAGUGGAUGGUGACAUUGUGUGGAGCAGCUGUAGUGAAAGAUCCGCUUCUCCUAGAGAGUAAACAGAGGUCCAAUCAACUGGUUAUUGUACAGUCUGGAUCUGAAUUCACGCCGUCCAAACACAGCUCUCUGUCGAGGGAUGCUACAGUUGUGACGCGCAGCUGGCUGUUGGAUACUGUUGCCACCUACACCCUCCAAAACCUUAAUGACUACAAAACAUGAACUGAGGAUCUUGUUGCAUCAUCACUGUAUUUCUGUGUUGUCAGCUAGUUGUCAUCCAGCUCCUUAUAUCUUUUUAAAAUUUGAACAUUCUAACUAAUCUGUCAUCCACCUGUGUUGUUGAUUAGCUCAAAGCACUUUGUACUGCAUAUGCAUAGCAUGAUGUACAUAAAGUUUAAUGUGAAGA